AUGCUCGUUCCACUUGGCGCGCUCUCGCUCCUGGCAGCCGAGGCACUGCUUGUUCGGACGGCAGACGCCAUUCCCACCAGCGAGCCGUCGCAGUGGGCGCUGGUCCGGGAUGAACCUCCUGAGCUCGAACGGCCUGUCCGACCGGUACAGCGACACCUCACCGAGCAGAAUGAUACCAUUUGCGAUGCCGGCUCCAGGCAAUGGAGCGGCCUCGUGCCGCUCGACGCCGAGCGGGACAUGUUUUUCUGGUACUUUGAAAGCCGGCACCAGCCCCAAGAUGCACCUCUCAUCAUCUGGCUCAACGGCGGCCCCGGCGCAUCAUCUCUCCUGGGUGCCUUCCAUGAGAUUGGUCCUUGUAGCGUCACAGAGGACGGUGAGAAGACGGUGAGAUCCGAGUCCAGCUGGACGGAGUUCGCCAACAUGCUGUUCAUCGAUCAGCCCAUCGGGGUCGGGUUCUCUGACCCGCAAGAUCCGUCCCUCUGGUCCAAAAACCUCCAGGAGUCGGCCAUCGACCUGGACAAGUUCCUGGAUGUCUUCCUCGGCGAGUAUUUCCCCUCUCUCCAGAAGAGACCGAUCCACUUCGCCGGCGAGUCCUUCGGUGGCAAGUACUGCCCCGUCUACGCCGACCUCAUGCGGCGAAGAUUCGACUCCGUCGUCUUGGUCAACGCCCUCGUCGACUACUCGGACGUCUCUCUCGGCGUGUACGACCACUUCUGCGCCGCAGAGCCGACGGACGCACGCCGCCGCGGCCUGAACGCGUCCACCUGCGAGGAGAUGGAGCGGGGCUACUCGGCGUGCGAGAAGUUCGGGAGGCUCUGUACCGCGACCUACGACUCGGAUGUCUGCUUGACGGCCCUUUUGAACUGCGUGGAGGCCACGGAGCCGUACCAGCGCGAAGUCGUCCCCGGGGGGCAGAACCCUUACGACGACAGGACGAAGUGCAUCGACCCCCCCAUGUGUGGGCGUCUGGGGAUGCAAGAGGUGAGGAAGUACCUCAACCGGGAAGAGGUCCAGGAGGCCUUGGGCUUCCAGCCGCGGACUUUCGAACCGGUCAACAUGGAGUUCAACGCAAACUGGUCCCGGCAGGGUGACGUUUUCAUUCCCUCGACACGCGAGAUCGCCCGUCUGCUGGACCAGAAGAAGACGCCCAUCCUGGUUUUGAACGGCAACAACGACGCCAUCGUGAACACCGAGGGCGUCCUCAGGACGUACGAGUCGCUGCUCUGGAGCGGCCACGCGGCCUUCCGGUCCAGGAAACUCAAGCCUUGGUACCACGGGGAGGCCGAGGACAAGAACAUGUCGCUGGGGGGGACGGCCAAGGUGGUCAAGAACCUGGCCCUGGUGACCGUGGACGAGGCCGGCCACAUGUCCCCCCACGACCAGCCGCUGGCUGUCUCUCGCGUGAUGAGAGCGUGGAUAAAGGAUACUGAUGUGUCUGGCAGUGUUGUUGGACUUUUCGACUAG